AGUCUUGUGCCGGUGGUGACGUCGUUUGAGUUCUCCUGAACCGCAGCAUACCGAGACCUCCCUCACUCAAAGUUGCAGCGAGGUCUGAAGUAUCCCCCACGAAAAUUAACAUGUAUCAAUAUACGGGAAAACAAUGAUAAAUAAACACAUCGAUCAACCGUCCGCUUCCAAGCUCUAUGACACCUGGAAAGAAACCUGGGAUCCGUUACUUGUGAAAGAGUUCAGAAAUGCUUUGGUGCCACUGCUGUUGCCAUAAUGAGAACCUACACCCGCGGGGCACCAACAGUGUUUUUCAUACAUUUGAUCUGCUCCUUGUUGGCCCUCCCAGUUGAUGAAAACCAUGGUUUUGGAAUUCCCUUCCAAAAUGGAAAUUAUGAUGGCCACCCCAUGCUUUACUUCAGUAAGGGAGAGAUGGAGGACCUGCAGCUUAAAGCUCAGGGCACCCACCGACACAUAGCAAGCAAGAUCCAGGAGGCUGGGCAGACCAUGCUGGCUACCCCAAAGGAAUACCUCCCUCCCUGGGAACCAGCGGAUUUUAGUGCUCGAUGGAAUGAGAUCUACGGGAACAACCUUGGGGUGCUGUCCAUGUUCUGUGUGCUUUAUCCUGAGACCACAGGGGCGUUGGAUCUAGCUAAAGACUACAUGGAGCGGAUGGCAGCACAGCCUAGUUGGUUGGUAAAAGAUGCUCCUUGGGAUGAAGUACCUCUAGCUCACUCUCUUGUUGGAUUUUCUACUGCAUACGACUUUCUGUACAACUACCUGAGCAAGUCCCAGCAGGACAGGUUUCUGGAGGUGAUUGCCAAUGCCUCCAGGUACAUGUAUGACAAGUCAUACAGCCAAGGAUGGGGGUUUCAGUAUCUACACAAUCACCAACCUACUAACUGCGUGGCACUAUUGACAGGAAGCCUUGUACUAAUGAACCAAGGUUACCUUCAGGAAGCCUACUUGUGGACCAAGCAAGUUUUUGCAAUAAUAGAGAAGUCAUUGGUGCUUCUGCAAGAUGUAACUGAUGGAUCCUUGUAUGAAGGUGUGGCUUAUGGGACGUACACCACCAGAUCCCUCUUUCAGUACAUGUUCCUGGUCCAGAGACACUUUGACAUCAGCCACUUUGACCACCCCUGGAUCAAACAGCACUUUGCCUUCAUGUAUAGAACUAUCUUGCCAGGCUUUCAAAGGAGUGUGGCCAUUGCAGACUCCAACUACAACUGGUUCUACGGACCUGAGAGUCAGCUGGUAUUCAUGGAUAAUUACAUCUUGCGCAAUGGAAGCGGGAACUGGCUGGCAGAGAUGAUCCGUCAGAAUCGAGUGGUGGAAGGGCCCGGGUUGGCAGGGAAGGGCCAGCGCUGGUGCACACUUCACACUGAGUUCCUCUGGUAUAAUGCCUCUUUGGCCCCAAAGCCCCCUCCAGAUUUUGAAAGAUCAAGACUGCACUUCUUUGAAGAUUGGGGAGUUGUUACCUAUGGAAGCUCACUACCAGUUCAAAUCAACAAUACCUUCUUGUCCUUCAAAUCAGGAAAGCUGGGGGGGCGUGCAAUAUUUGACAUUGUGCACCAGAACAAGUACAAAGAGUGGAUCAAAGGGUGGAGGAACUUCAAUGCUGGUCACGAGCACCCAGACCAGAACUCCUUUACAUUUGCACCCAACGGCGUGCCUUUCAUAACUGAAGCCCUGUAUGGGCCGAAGUACACUUUCCUCAACAACGCCUUGAUGUUUUCCCCUGCUGUUUCCGAGAGCUGCUUUGCACCAUGGGAAGGCCAGGUGACUGAAGCCUGCAAUUCCAAGUGGCUCAAGUAUAAACAUGGACUUGCUGGGGACUCACAGGGCAGGGUGCUGGCAGCUCUGGAGAGGAAAGGAAUGGUAUUUAUUCGAGGCGAGGGAAUGAGUGCCUAUAACCCUGCUCUGAAGUUAAGGAGCGUGCAGAGGAACCUGCUUCUUCUGCACCCUCAGCUGUUGCUCCUGGUGGAUCAAAUUCACUUAGAGGAAGACAGCCCUGUUGAAUCAGCCAGCUCUUACUUUCACAAUACCGAUAUGCCCUUUGAGGAGACAGCAAUAGAAGGGGUCCAUGGAGCCUUUAUUAGACAUAAGGAUGGAUUGUAUAAAAUGUUCUGGAUGGAUGACACUGGCUACAGUGAUAAAGGGGUUCUGGGAUACAGGGGCUAUCCACGUGGCUACCCGUACAAUGGAUCUAACUAUGUGAAUGUGACUAUGCCUCUGAGAAACCCGAUAACCAGGAUGGCAUACAUCUUUUUUGGGCCUGAUGUGGAUGUUCAGAGUUUCAGUAUUCGUGGGGAUGCACAACGAGUGGACAUUUAUUUGGUGGCAAAUGAUCUCACAUACACAGUAUACCUUCUCACGGGGGAAGUGGCCAGCAAGCCACUUUUCGCCAUGGUGCUCGCUGACCGUCAAAAGAUUGUCUUUGAGAGGGCAGCAGGAGUCAAGGAUGCCCCGCCUCCGGAGGUGAGCCGCUAUUUGGGCCUGGUUGAAGACAAUCUCCAACAUGUCAAACCCGUCUUCCAGCAGCUCGAAAAGCAAAUUCUGGCCCGUGUUCUCAACACUGACAAUUUCAGGAAAACAGCAGAGCGCCUCCUGCAGUUUUCAGACAAGAAGAAAACUGAAGAAAUCAUUGAGAAAAUGUUUACACUCUCCCAGAAGCAAGGCAAAGCGAAAAAUGCUAGAAAAGGAAGUCUAACAGACAGCCUGCCUGACAUUUUUGCUCAAAUUGAGUUGGCCGAAAAGAAGGAGAGACAAAAAAGCAGGACAAAGAUAUUUAACGAAAACCCAGAAGAAGGGGAAGGGGAUGCAAGAGAUUUCCUGGACUAUAGUGACCUUCGCCGUGCAAAAGGCAGAAAGGUUGGGUAUGUAAAAAGUCUUAGAUAUAAAGAAGUUCUGAUGGAUUCCAUUGUGAGAAGCACUGAGCCCACAGUCUCAGCUUCCUACAUCAGGCUCUUCCUGAUUUUGAAUAUUGCCACAUUUUUUUGGUUGUUGACAUUACUGUUGACUCGAUUUCAGAAGACUCAAAGUCUGCACACACAGAGAUGCUUCUAUGCAGUCCUUUUAAUAGACUGCUGCAUCUUGCUGUGUUUAUAUUCCUCAUGCUCACAAGCACAGUGUUAAAAUGCAGUCUAUGUUGUGGAGAAGAAUCUUUACAAAGUAACUGUGGAAAGGUGGCAUCCCAAGGAGCCUAAACCAAACGUAAAUUAUGUGGAGCAUGGAAAAAUGUAAUGAAAGUGUUAGGCUUUCAGUUUUUGAUGCAGAUCCAGAUUAGUCUAUGCAAAACAUUAAUGUAUUUAUCAGUAAGGAUUAUGAAUUGUACAUAGGUGUCAAAUUAGAUAUAUUUUUUUCAGAGGAAAUUUGAUAAACCUUUUUAAAAAAGCAAUAUCUAAUCAGAAAUCUUUCACAGUUUAAGUCUGCCUGCUAUUGAUUUUUUCCCCCUGGUAUAAUAGUUAAUAGUUAAUCAGGUAAAGAAACCAGUCAGUCUAGAAAAAUAAAAAAAAUACUUUUUAAUGCAUUUUCUGCUUUGAGUUCUGUCCUCCACCUUCCUCCUCACUUUUAGCCUCAGUUGUGGGCUUGACAGCUGUCCUAUCUCCCUAGUAUCUAAGGUAAUGCCGUAGAUUUAAACUGGGGCUGUACCAGGAUGCUCGGAGCAAUGCCGAAUACCAAGUCAACACUGUGCAUAAACAUUGUAUUAUAUAGUUGGCCUUCCAGUCCGUUGCACGUAGCAACGAUAUUGUGUUUUGAGAUCAACUGUUUUUAACACAGUAUUAACCCAGUUUGGCAAUGGGUACAAUGGCAUUUGCAAUAAAGAAACCGCAUUCCUUCGGAUUUAAGAUUCAACCCAAAUUUCCCAUCCUCAAAUAAAAAAUCAAAUAAGAUGCAUUUAUAACGCAUUGCAACAGGGAGGUGUCACUGGUUGAGUCGUGCUGCUGCUUUUGUGGAGCGGAGUUGAUUGGCUGAGGGGCGUGUCUGGGGAGCCUAUGCCUGUUUAAGAACACAACAACGCCAGUUCAAGGUUACUGCACCACAGCCAUUGCUGCACAGGCAGGCGCUGAGCGAAAGCUUACUUUGUUUACAUCGAGGAGGAGAGCAUCCGCUCUGGAGGAUAAUGACUACAGAACCCUUCAACUGGCAAUCAGUCACGUUUCUGUUGGUGUACUCGGACUGUCACUUCUUUUGGGGCCGAUUUUAAUACGUGUAUCACUAUACCGUACUCGAAUCUAAGUAAAAAUUGUGUCUUACAUUCAAAGGAAUAUUUUAUAUAUAUAUAUAUAUAUAUAUAUAUAUAUAUAUAUAUAUAUAUAUAUAUAUAUAUAUAUAUAUAUAGAUUAAGCACACACUUUCAAUAAGAAAGUAGAAUAUAUUCAACAAACAAGAACAUUUGUAAAUCGUAGUUCUGUAUUGGAUUACCAGUAUAUUACCAGGCUUACCUUUUUAAAUAACCUAUUAGUUUAUUAAAGGAUUAAUCUGAAAUAAACUUUUCUUUCAGUGCACUAUUAACAAAUCACUGUUCGGCCAUGAAAUAUUAACACAAUGACUGGCCACCUUGAUUUGGGUGUCAUAUUUGGCACCACUGACAAACUACGUUCAACUCAUACAAAACGUUACUAUAGGACAAUUUCAGAAUAUGAGCGUACAUCUCAUCCUGGCAUUGUUUUAGCAAUGGUACUAAAUGUCUUUCCCCUUCUUUUUUUCAUGACUGAAGUUAAAACACUGAAUUGGCAUCUUUAAUCAUUCAUGGAAGUGUGAUAGACUUCAUUCACUUGACAAUGAAACAAUAAAAUGCCCGCUCCUUGA